AUGGCAGGCAAAUCGUCACCGGCGACUCGCACGCCUGCGAAAACGCCCUCCCUCAAGCGCCAGCCGUCUUCCUCCGCAGGAACCCAGAGGACUAUAGUGCAGUUCUUCUCAAAGUCUGCCUCCAAAUCGACGCCCAAGCCCACGGCCUCGGCUCCAGAUUCGUCCCCGUGCCUAAGAGAAUCUGCGCGAACGAACGAACUCCCCAAGACCAAGCGACCACCCAGCAUAACUCAUGUACCCAGUAGCGAUGUCAUUGAGCCCUCGAGCUCGCAGGAGAAUAUGGACGGUACUGGACUCAAGGUCACUGGUAGCAGACAAGUUCUGCCGUCUUCUAGCCCUACGCGAAAGGCUAGGAAGCCCGUCAAUUACACCGAGCAGUCCGACGACGAGGACGACGACCCGUUCGACCGCAUUAGAGCUGCAGGCACGCGCCGUCGCACGAAGGCACCGGCCGCACCCGCUGACGAUGGCGAUGACUAUGAGGACGCCGCUAGCAACGAUGAGGAUGCCGAAGAAAUGGACGAUUUCAUUGCUUCGGACGAGUCGGACGCUCCUUCGCGCUCCAAGAAGAGGAAGCGCCCCCAAGCCCCGAAGAACUCUCAGCCCAGGAAGAAAUCGGCUGUCUCUGCUCCCAUCAAGGAGGAAGAAGAGGGCGAUGAAGAUGAGUUGAUGGAAGACCUCCCUUCCACCUCAACAGCCCAGCAGUGGCGCUACGACCCCAACAACGUCGCUUCGUCUGCCCCUCGGUCUGUCCAGAGCCCGGUGGCACGUCGGCCGGCAGCUUCGAAACGCAAGGAGAAGGCUCACGUCACGGAGCCCGAGGCCAGGUACCCUUGGCUGGCUAACAUCCAGGAUAUCAAUAAGAACCCCCCGGGCCACGCCGAGUACGAUCCCUCUUCCGUCUACAUCCCCCCCGGUGCUUGGCACAAAUUCUCCCCUUUCGAGAAGCAAUACUGGGAAAUCAAGCAAAAACUCUGGGAUACUGUGGUCUUCUUCAAGAAGGGCAAGUUCUACGAGCUCUAUGAGAACGAUGCCACCAUUGGACACCAGCUCUUCGACUUGAAGCUCACAGAUCGCGUCAACAUGCGCAUGGUGGGUGUUCCUGAGAGCUCCCUCGACAUGUGGGUCAAUCAGUUUGUCGCCAAAGGCUACAAGGUUGCUCGGGUUGAUCAAAUGGAGUCCGCUCUCGGUAAGGAGAUGAGAGAGAGGGGCGAUACUGCCCCCAAGGCGAAGAAGGCAGACAAGAUUAUCCGCCGAGAGCUGGCCUGCAUCCUUACGGGCGGCACUCUUGUGGAUGGAAGCAUGCUUCAAGACGACCUCGCAACCUUCUGCGUUGCCAUCAAGGAGUCUGUGAUCGAUGGCAAGCCUGCUUUUGGAAUCACUUUCGUGGACUGCGCUACUGGCCAAUUCUUCAUCUCCGAAUUCGAAGAUGAUGCCGACCUCACAAAGUUCGAGACCUUCGUCGCCCAGACCAGUCCUCGAGAAAUCAUCCUGGAGAAGUCCCGUAUUUCCACCAAGGCCGUUCGGAUUCUCAAGAACAACACCUCUCCAAUGACCAUCUGGAAUUAUCUCAAGCCGGGUACCGAGUUCUUGGACGCCGACAUGAGUCGCCGAGAAAUCUCGAGCGGCGGCUAUUUCUCCAACGAAGAUGGCGAGGAGACCUGGCCUGAAGCCCUGGCCAAAGCCAAGGAGAAGGAUCUGCUCAUGUCUUCUCUGGGCGGACUGAUCCACUAUCUCAAGUUCCUGAAGCUUGAAGGGAGUCUACUGUCUCAGGGUAACUUUGAGUGGUACACGCCUAUUCGCCGUAACGGUACGCUCAUCUUGGAUGGCCAGACCCUGAUUAAUCUGGAGAUCUUCUCCAACACCCUGAACGGCGGCCCGGAAGGUGCACUCUUCACUUUGCUGAAUCGCUGUGUUACACCUUUCGGCAAGAGACUGUUUCGCCAGUGGGUGUGCCAUCCGCUUUGCGAUAUCAAGCGUAUCAAUGAGCGUUUGGAUGCCGUCGACCUUCUCAACUCCGACCGAAGUGUACGAGAACAAUUCUGUUCUCAGAUGACCAAGAUGCCCGACUUGGAACGUCUUAUUUCUCGGAUUCACGCCGCUUUGUGCAAGCCUGAAGAUUUCGUGCGUGUUCUGGAAGGGUUCGAGCAGAUCGAGUACACUAUGAGCCUCCUCGGUGCUUUUGGUGGCGGUAACGGGCUUGUCGACCGACUCGUUUCGUCGAUGCCUAAUCUCAAUGAACCGCUGUCUUACUGGAAGACUGCUUUUGAUCGAAAGAUGGCGAGGGAAGAGAAAUUGCUCAUCCCCGAGCGCGGCAUCGAGGAAGACUUCGAUAACAGUCAAGACCGGAUCGAAGAGAUCAAACAGGAGCUGCAGGGACUCUUGGGUAGAAAGAAGUCGGAGCUGAAGUGCAAGACCAUCAAGUUUACGGACAUCGGCAAGGAGGUUUACCAGAUCGAAGUUCCCAAAGCAGCCAAGGUGCCUAACAACUGGCGUCAAAUGUCCGCAACCUCGAGCGUCAAGCGCUACUACUUCGACGAGCUGACAGAUCUGGUUCGUGAGCUCCAGGAAGCGGAGGAGACCCAUUCUCAGAUUGUCAAGGAGGUCGCGGCGCGCUUCUUCCAGCGCUUCGAUGCCGAUUACGAGACGUGGUCGCAAUCAAUCCGCAUCAUUGCUCAACUCGACUGUCUCAUCAGUCUUGCCAGGGCUUCUUCUUCGUUGGGCGAACCCAGCUGCCGCCCAGAGUUCGUUGACGAAGACAGGAGCGUUGUCGAGUUUGAAGAACUGCGCCACCCUUGUAUGCUCAACACGGUGGCUGACUUCAUCCCCAACGACGUGAAGCUGGGAGGAGAUUCGGCCAAAAUCAACCUGCUGACCGGCGCCAACGCUGCGGGAAAAUCAACCGUCCUUCGAAUGUCUUGUGUCGCCGUCAUCAUGGCUCAGAUCGGAUGCUACGUUCCUGCCGUGUCUGCCAAACUGACACCUGUUGACCGAAUCAUGUCACGAUUGGGAGCCAAUGACAACAUUUUCGCUUCUCAGUCCACCUUCUUCGUUGAACUGUCCGAAACGAAGAAGAUUCUGUCCGAAGCCACACCGCGGUCUCUGGUUAUCUUGGACGAGCUUGGUCGCGGUACCAGCUCCUACGACGGUGUUGCCGUUGCGCAAGCUGUUCUGCACCACGUGGCGACGCAUGUGGGCUGCGUGGGCUUCUUUGCAACUCACUACCACUCUCUCGCCACGGAGUUCGAGAGCCACCCCGAGAUUGUGCCCCGUCGAAUGCAGAUCCACGUGGACGAGGAGGAGCGACGCGUGACAUUCCUCUACAAGUUGGAGGAGGGUAUCGCCGAGGGCAGCUUCGGAAUGCAUUGCGCAGCCAUGUGCGGCAUCUCGGACAGGGUCAUCGAGCGAGCCGAGGUAGCCGCCAAAGAAUGGGAGCACACGAGCAGGCUCAAGGAGAGCCUGGAGAAAGCCAAGUCAGGUUGCUACAUCCCUCUGGGUAUGCUCAGUGACGUGGCAUCCCUGCUGAACGGCGGCGAUGAGGUUGGAAAGAGAGGUGUCGAGGUGCUGCUGAAGGCUGUCGAGGCUCUCUAA